AUCGGAGUAAACUUGGACACCCAAACAUUAAUAUAGCCUAUUCUUAUACCUCGUGAUUACUCUGACUCGCUCCCUCAUUUCUCUAUUCACACUCACAAAAACACACAGUGAUUCUGAGUGGGGUUGAUUUGGUGCAUUCAAAAAUGGCAAUUAGAGCACCCAAUACAGGGUUACACUUGCCCUCAACUUCAUUUAACACACCCAAUACUCACACUAGUAGAUUCUUCAUUGUUAAAGCUCAACCCCCAUCUAACUCGGCCUUUUUUGGCACUUCAGUGGGAGCACAAAAGUUUUCUGGGAUACGCUUAGUCAAGUCCAGUCGAUGGCAAUCUAGUGGUUUUAGUGCUAAUGCUCUUGGUACUCGUAUGAACCUUUUUGAGCGCUUUGCCAGGGUUAUCAAGUCCUAUGCAAAUGCAAUUGUAAGCGCUUUUGAAGACCCGGAGAAGAUCUUAGAGCAAGCUGUUACAGAAAUGAAUGAUGAUUUAAUAAAGAUGCGUCAAGCUACAGCUCAAACCCUGGCAUCACAGAAGCAACUGGAAAACAAAUAUAAAACAGCACAACAGGCUUCUGAGGAUUGGUACAGACGAGCACAACUUGCUCUUGAGAAGGGAAAUGAGGAUCUUGCUCGUGAGGCUCUUAAAAGGCGCAAGACAUUGGCUGAUAAUGCAACUGCUAUGAAGACACAACUCGAUCAGCAAAAGGGUGUUGUUGAUAACCUCGUCUCUAAUACUCGGCUGUUAGAGAGCAAAAUACAGGAGGCAAAGUCUAAGAAGGAUACCCUUAAAGCACGAGCCCAGUCUGCAAAGACUGCAACUAAACUCAAUGAUAUGCUGGGUAAUGUCAAUACAAGCUCUGCCCUUUCAGCUUUCGAAAAGAUGGAAGAAAAAGUCAUGGCUAUGGAAUCUCAGGCAGAUGCACUUAAUCAGCUAACUACUGAUGACCUUGAAGGGAAGUUUGCAUUGCUGGAGACUUCAUCAGUCGAUGACGAUCUUGCAAGUUUGAAGGAAGAAUUGUCUGGAAGUACAAAGAAAGGACAGCUACCACCAGGGAGAACUACAGCCGCCUCAAACUCGGGCUUUCCAUUCCGAGAAACUGAAAUCGAGAAUGAGCUAAAUGAACUUAGGAGAAAAGCAGCUGAUUAUUGAAUACAACUCUGCAUAUGCUCACUAGGACUGCACCCUACAUAUACGAAUGUAUUUUGCGGUUGAUUUGUGAAAUCCUUGAAAUCCUAUCUGUGAAGAGGCACAUUAGUUCAUGUGGAGGAAAAUAUAUAAUGCAACUAUAGCAAGCAAAAUGUGUUGAUUCGGUUGUGUUGUAAAUCUCUAAUUUACUCAUUAGCAACAGGCUUUGUUGGAAUGUGAAAUCAUUUCAUUCAAUAAUGAAAAGAACCAAAUCUGAAUCCAUAAAAGAUAAACGAUAAAUGAAUAUAAGUAUUUGAUCUC